AGCAGCUUGAGAAGUACUAAGAAAGAGGAAGAAGAAUCGGGGUAUAUCGGCUAGCAAAUGUGCUAUGCCCUGACCUCUCUUCUCUGGAAAAGAAACUCUCCUAAAGAGCAGGAGCCCUGUGAAUGGAGUGGACCAUCCAGAGUACCCAGAUUUUUUUUUGCAGCUCAUCAUCCAGAGUUAGCUCACCGGGGGACUAGCAGAUUGGAAUUUCUGAAGAUUUGGAUCUUGCUUCAGGGAGCAAUUUCAAAAGGACCUUAAACAGUGAAGCUUGGAAUCAGCAGCUUGAGUGUACUCUGACACUACAACGUAAGAACAGUGGCCACAGUAAGAAGGAAAGUUUGUGAAGGGUGCUGUGGUGCCAGAAAGAGGCACCAAGCCGACAUUCCUGGAGAAUAUGGAUGGAGCUGAAAAUCUGACGGCAUCUGACAGUAAUAAUACAUGUCAUGACACAAUUGAUGAAUUCCGAAAUCAAGUGUACUCGACUAUGUAUUCUAUGAUCUCUGUUGUGGGUUUCUUUGGCAAUAGCUUUGUGCUCUAUGUCCUCAUAAAAACAUACCAUGAGAAAUCAGCCUUCCAAGUAUAUAUGAUUAAUCUAGCCAUAGCAGAUCUACUCUGUGUAUGUACAUUGCCUCUCCGUGUGGUCUACUAUGUUCACAAAGGCAAAUGGCUCUUUGGCGACUUUUUGUGCCGCCUCUCCACCUAUGCCUUGUAUGUUAACCUCUAUUGUAGCAUCUUCUUUAUGACAGCUAUGAGCUUUUUCCGGUGUGUUGCAAUUGUCUUUCCAGUCCAAAACAUUAAUUUGGUUACACAGAAAAAAGCCAGGUUCGUGUGUAUUGGAAUUUGGAUUUUUGUGAUUUUAACAAGUUCUCCAUUUUUAAUGUACAAAUCUUACCGAGAUGAGAAAAACAAUACUAAAUGCUUUGAGCCUCCACAGGACAAUCAAGCUAAAAAAUACGUUUUGAUCUUGCAUUAUGUGUCAUUAUUCUUUGGUUUCAUCAUCCCUUUCGUCACCAUAAUUGUCUGUUACACAAUGAUCAUUCUGACCUUACUAAAAAAUACAAUGAAGAAAAACCUGCCAAGUCGUAGGAAGGCUAUAGGAAUGAUCAUAGUUGUGACAGCUGCCUUUUUAGUCAGCUUCAUGCCAUAUCAUAUUCAACGAACUAUCCACCUUCAUUUUUUACACAGUGAAUCUAAACCUUGUGAUUCUGUCCUUAGGAUGCAGAAGUCAGUGGUCAUAACUUUAUCUCUAGCUGCAUCAAAUUGUUGCUUUGAUCCUCUGCUAUAUUUCUUUUCAGGUGGAAACUUUAGGAGAAGGCUGUCUACAUUUAGAAAGCAUUCUUUGUCCAGUAUGACUUACAUACCCAAGAAGAAAGCUUCCUUGCCAGAAAAAGGAGAAGAAAUAUGUAAAGAAUAAUUCAAACCCAUCUCCAGUGCAGAACAAUGGAAAAGAAAUUCCCUAACAAGUAUUUUUCUAAAUCACAGUUUUAAAAAAGUCUCCCAUUAAUAGUUUACAAAUAAUUAUAUCUAUCUCAUUUAUAAAUACUACUAUUUGAUAUUUUAAGUGUUCAAAAUUCAGUUUAUAACUGUGAACUAACCCACAGAUUUUUUUGACGACUCACCAGAAUGGUGGAGAAUGUUUGCUGUUAUGAACUACAAAACUGAGUAUGAAACCAAAAAUAUAAAAAGGGUUACAAAAGCUAUGUACUAGACUUUGGAUUCCAGCUUUUAAAUAUAGCUUUAAAAUUAGCAAAUAGUCAUCAGUCACUCUAACAUAUUCCUUUGCAUGCAUGCCAUCAGAUGAGACCUGGAGAUGACCUAGGACCUACAGAAAUGUACGGUCAGCCGUUUCCUUUGUAGUACUGACUAGCUCCAGAAGAGAAUGUUCAAGUGCUAGAACAGACCAAUAUUCAGCCAAAUAGCUCCACAGGCUGCAUGAAAUUUACAGUCUGGAAAAUAAGGAAGAUAAAUCUGAUCAAAGGCCAGUUUGUCUCUAAUUCUUUUCUGCCCUUGACUCAACCCCUCUCCAAAAAAGAAUGGUGUUCUUCUUGGUCACUGCGGUUCAAUCUCAAUUCAACAUAUAAUCCUUCCUUAAUAAGUAAGGCAACUGACAUUCCCAUAUAUGAGCAGAAGCAGUCAAAAUUCAUCAGAAGUAAAGGAAAUAGGUCUACUUUUCUACAUGAGUUUUGUUGGAAUCAAAAUUUACUAUGUCACAUACCAGAAGAAAAUUUGAAUAUCCAUGUCAUUAAUUCUUUAAUAACUAUAUGCAUUUGUGUAUAUGUAUAUAAAUAUAUGUAAUCUAUCUUGUUCUAUGAUAUGCAUUUAUAGUUAGUUAUGAGAUUUAGUGUUGUUUUAUACUUUUUGUUUUUUAUUAGCAUGUUGAAAGUAAUAUUUGUUUACAGUGAUUUUUAUAUUAUAGCAGAAGCUUUGUUCUUAAAACAAACCAUUGGAAACAGCUUGGUUGUGACUAAAAUAUGAUAUUAGUUGGCAAAGUUUUGCUGAAGGUCACUUUGUUCCUGACUCUAAGUUUCAAAAGUCACAUUAACUCAGAAGAAAUAAAUGAUCAUAGAGAUGGAAAAAAGGCAAACCAUGAAUGGAGUUCUGUCGGCAUCUACCACGUGUAAACAUUUUCUAUGUCACUUCUGCUGCACCCCUUGGAAAAUUUUGUUUAAAGCAUAAUGAAGAGAGGACACUGAGGAUCAAAACUAACUGGAACUCGUUGGUUUCUGUUGAACAUGUCUGAAAAUUGGCAGUGCCUAUAUUACUCUUGUUUCCUCUUGCUUGAGACAAAUAUUAAACAUAUAUGUCAUAAAUCA